AUGUCUGCCAACUUGAUCCUGAUGGCCGCCGCCAUCCCUGCCUUCAGCGCUAUUGGUGUCAACGCUCAGAUGGGCUAUGGCAGCGCCGGUGCCGUGACCGCCUCCAGCUCUGCCGCCUCGGCUUGCGUUCCCACCACUAUCACUGUCACGCCUUCGGUCAGCGCCGCUGCCGACCAGACCACCGCCGACGCCGAUGGUGUCCAGGGAAGCGCAUCCUCCGCCAGCAGCAGCGACCCCCACUCUUACAUCACCUUAACUGCCUUUUUCACUGAGACCCAUACCACUACCUUCGUCAAGGCCACCCAGCCCGCCGCCAAUGUUACUCCCACUGUCACUCAGCACAACGGCACCACCACUGCGACCGCCCCCGGUAUGGUCGGCACUGGUACUGGUGUCUCUUCUUGGGCCGGCGGACCCUACCACUCUGCGGCCAACGGCACCUAUGCUUCCCCAACCGCCACUGCUGGCUCUCCUCAGCAAGCCGGUGCUUCAACCUCCUCCAGCGUGAGCUACACCCACCUCGCUGUGGCGCUGAUUGCUUCUGCCGCCCUCGGCGUUGUCCUUGGCGCCUAA